UAAGGGGUCCUGAGGCCGGUCGUGUGCCACACUCGGUACUCACACGAGCUGAUCUGCUCGCCGGCGAGAUCACUCGGGAGACCGACUGGGAGCGUGGCCCCUGCAGCAGACGAGGCGAGGAGGUGAAACCCAGCUCCAGGUGCGCCCCAGCACCUUUCCUGGCCUUCACGCCCGCAGCGGCCACAGGGUUGGCCUGGGCCAUUUGGAACGUAAGUGCGCCCCGGCAGCCCUACCCUCUGUCCGGGCUCCUGUCCUCCAGGCGCCCUCCUACCUGCCCGUCGGUCCUGUGCCACGCAACGAUGCCGGCCCCUCUGGAGAAAUGCCUCUCGGACCUCGACUGCGCCAGCAGCAGCAGCAGCAGCGACCUAUCCGGCUUCCUCACCGACGAGGAGGACUGUGCCAGGCUCCAGCCGCCAGCUUCCGCCUCGGGGACGCCCGUGCCAGUGCGCAGGGGCGCUCCCGCGGUUCCUGCAGCGUCCAAUACUCCCCGGGCGCAAGACGACGAGCAGGAGCGGCGGCGGCGCAGGGGCCGAGCGCGUGUGCGCUCCGAGGCGCUGCUGCACUCGCUGCGCAGGAGCCGGCGUGUCAAGGCCAACGACCGCGAGCGCAACCGCAUGCACAAUUUGAACGCGGCUCUGGACGCGCUGCGCAGCGUGCUGCCCUCCUUCCCCGACGACACCAAGCUCACCAAGAUCGAGACGCUGCGCUUCGCCUAUAACUACAUCUGGGCUCUGGCCGAGACUCUGCGCCUGGCCGACCAGGGACUGCCCGGGAGCGGUGCCCGGGAGCGCCUCCUGCCGCCGCAGUGCGCCCCCUGCCUGCCCGGGCCCCCGAGCCCCUCCAGCGACGCCGAGUCCUGGGGCUCGGGUGCAGCCGCUUCUCCCUGCGCCGCCGCGGCCUCGCCACUCUCUGACCCCAGUAGCCCCGCUGCCUCGGAAGACUUCGCCUACGGCCCCGGCGACCCCCUUUUCUCCUUCCCUGGGCUGCCCAAAGACUUGCUCCACACGACGCCCUGUUUCAUCCCUUACCACUAGGCCCUUCAGGGACACCGUUACCUUCCCCCUCCCAAGGCAACAGGCAGUAGAUGGAGCCCCAGCUGCAGUCUCAGGACCCCCAGUCUGGGCGGAGGGAGGAAGCGGGAGCUUUAAAGGGGUGGGAGAUACCUGAGCCGCUUGUUAGGUCGCUGCACCCUCGCCGCCGUGGCUGCCCCUUGGUCUGUUUCUCCAGCCCUCAGCCCUGGGCCCCUCCUGCCCGCCCCUAGACGGCCUUUCCUUUUGCACUUUCUGAACUCCACAAAACCUCCUUUGUGGCUGGCUCAGAGCUGACCCCAGCCACCACUUCAGUGUGAUUUAGAAAAGGGACAGCUCAGCCCCUGAAGACGAGGUGAAAAGUCAAUUUUACAAUUUGUAGAACUCUAAUGAAGAAAAACGAGCAUGAAAAUUCGGUUUGAGCCGGCUGACAAUACAAUGAAAAGGCUUAAAAAGGAGAGACAAGGAGUGGGCUUCAUGCAUUAUGGAUCCCGACCCCCACCACUGCAGGCUUGCUCUAGGAAGAACCCAGACUUGCGUAGCUAUUCAGGCACAGGGCUGGAAAGUACUUUAAUUUAUUCAAGAUACUUCUUUCAUAUGAAAAUGUAUUUUUGUACAUAAAGAGUUUAUUCUAUUAUUAUGAAGUAUCAAAGUUUACAUUUUUGUACUGCAGAUGUUUCGUGUAAAUAAAAACGAAGUAAAAAAAUAAGUCA